GGUUGUGAUAAAAUGGGUGGUGCGCCCAGGUCUGGCGGGUUUCUGUCUUUUUUUUUUUUUUACUUUUUCUCUAGAAUAAUAAAUACCGACGAUCGCUGUCAUACAAAGAUACUGAGAUUUCCUCUAUUUGUUUUGAUCUUUGUCAAGAAUACUACGACUUUAUACCACCUGUUGUUAAACAAGAAUCACAAGCUUCACAUCACAUCACCAGCUACACAGUUAUCACAACUCUGCCUCACCAGCAGCACCAAACACCAGCAGCCAUCCCAUCUCCACCGACCCGGCCAAACCUCUCUCCACCACCACACACCACCAACCAUCACAAUGCCACAAACACACACCGCCCGCUCCUCUCCCUUCCCCCAACAACCUCAACCCACCUCUCUCGCACACCCCACCCCCCGCCGCGGCCUGAGCCUACUCACAGACGUCGCCCAGCGCCUGGAUACACACACGCCGACGGCAGAUUACAAGACAAGAGAGGGGGAGUGGCAUGCGCCGCCUGCGCCGCCGCCUAGUCCCGUUAGCUGGUAGACGACAUACCGCAGGGAGGAGAGGAGAUGCAGCAACAUCAUCGUUUUCGGAAAGCGAAUAGCGUCUAAUAUCAUUAUCAAUCAUCGGCAUUUCAUAUCAUCUAGGACUCAAUCAGCGGGACGGAUGGCAAAACGGCGUGGGGGCAAAAAAGUGGGCAUUGCUUUUUCGUGUGCAGGCGUUUUUUUACUGGGCCUUCAUCCAUUCAUUCACUCAAUCAAUCUUUUGGGAGAGAUUUUUUUUUUUCUUUUGUUUGAGGAAAGGGAGGGCUAUCAUGCCUUGGAUUUGCAGGUGGGGGGAAUACAUAUUUUAUCUGGGAUGGGGAAGGGGGUUUGUGUAUAUUAUUGUUUUAGAUGGAUAGGGAGGACUGCUGUGCGGUUUUAAUCAAUGGAGAUGGAAUAUCGACGAGACUAUAUCCGUUCCUAGUGUUUUCGGAAUGAAACGUUAGAAGAAUCGCAGUCUCUCGACUUGGGGGUGGGGGUUUCAAAGCAGGCUCACCGCCGUAACUAAUCAUCUUUGACUCGCACCUCUACAGUAAUCUAGAAAGAGCAACACCUUUCUUCUGCCAUCACACUCCCAAUCAUCCACCAAGGUUACCCACAUGCCACUCUCCUCCCCCACCCCCACACGCCCCAUUCCAAAC